AUGUCUUCGUUCAUGGACGGCACUCUUUCUUUCGGUCACUCGGGGACGACAGUGACGUUUCUUGGAUGUGGAACACUCGGCACUUCGAUUCUCUCGGGCGUGAUGGCGUCUCUCUCGGAGCCGCGAAGCUCGUCCGCCUACCCGCCGCCCUCCGGCUCUGCCACCCCUUCAGAGGGCCUGCCAGUGCACCAGACUCCCUCCAAGUUCAUUGCCUGUGUCCGCCGGCCGGAGUCUGUUAAGCGAAUCCAGCACAUCCUCAGCCCGUACAACCUUCCCUUGACCAUCCUCCAGAACGAGAACGUCAAGGGUGUCACCGACGGCGAUGUCAUCGUGCUCGGCUGUAAGCCAUACAUGCUUAGCGAGGUUCUCAACGUUCCUGGCAUGAGAGAGGCUCUCAAGGGCAAGCUUUUGAUCAGCAUCCUUGCUGGUGUGCCCGCAGAGCAGAUCGAAGAAGUGCUGUACAAGGAUUCCGAUAUCGACUUGGCCGACAGAUGCCGCGUCGUCCGUGCCAUGCCCAACACCGCUGCAAUCGUCAGAGAGUCCAUGACUGUCAUUGCCAGCACUAACCCACCACUCUCCCACUUCCAAAGCACUAUCGUCGCCUGGAUCUUCACUAGUGUGGGCCGUGUCAUCACCCUCCCACCACACAUCAUGGACGCAAGCACUGCCAUGGCCGGAUCCGGCACUGCUUUCGUUGCCCUUGUGGUGGAGGCCUUGGCUGACGGCGCCGUUACCAUGGGUCAUGCGUGGAACCGCUGGAACGGUCCUGAACGGCGACCAAAAAUGGUUUGA